AUGGCCAAAUCGAAGGGAGUAGUCGGAGCAUUCAUUGACAAACUAUCUAUUUUUGAAGAAAAUAUACAGAGAGGAGAUCUCACCAAAUUCCCCAACUUGAAAUCUUCUUGUGGCGAUUCUGAUGAUCUUCAAACAUAUUGCCUUGUCCUUCAAGCAUUGAAAGAAGAUCUGCAGUCCCGAUUCCAAGAUUUGACUAGUCUGAAAAUGCCAACUUGGUUUAUCGAUCCUCUCAGCGUGGAAGUUACAAAGCCAUGUCCUUCUGAAAGUCUGUUUCGGGAGUGUGCGUAUGAAAGAUUUUGGCCGCGGAUAAAAGAAGUGUAUCCAAUCUUGUGGAAUGAAAUCAAAUUACUGUUAUUAGCAUUCCCCGCAACAUAUUUAGGGGAGAAAUGUUUUAGUUCUGUAUGUAUAUUGAAAAACAAACAAAGAAAUAGGCUCGACAUAAUAGAAAGAGGGGAUUUGAGGUUGCUAUUAACCUACAUUGAGCCAGACAAAAUUAUGCGAGCCAGCCAAAAAUUAUGUGAGGGACACCAGGCCCAAAUGCGAAAUUAA